GAAUAGUUUCUUGUCUGCUAUUAGUCAAAACACAAGUCCGCUCCGCCCACCACUCUCUUUCACAGUUGCCAAAUUGAUGAAUCGAAAUUCCGUUGGAUUUGAUUUUUCGGCGUCGAAACUGCAGAAAUGCCGAUGAAUCGCUACGAGAUACGGGACGAGUACAGCUUGGCCGAUCCGGAGCUGUAUCGAGCCGCCGACAAGGAUGAUCCCGAGGCCUUGCUUGAAGGCGUCGCCAUGGCUGGCAUGGUCGGCGUCCUUCGCCAGCUCGGAGACCUCGCCGAGUUUGCAGCAGAGAUUUUUCAUGAUUUACAUGAAGAAGUGAUGGCUACCGCUGUGAGAGGACACAGUUUAAAGAUACGAGUCCAACAGCUGGAGGCUGAAGUUCCUUCCGUUGAAAAGGCACUUCUCUCCCAAACUGAUCUUUCCUCGGUCUUUUAUAAUGCUGGUGUUGACUGGCAUGCUAACCUACAAUUGGACCAGAAUCUGGUCACACAAGGAGAUUUGCCUCGUUUUGUUAUGGACUCCUAUGAAGAAUGCAGGGGUCCUCCUCGACUAUUUCUUUUAGACAAGUUUGAUGUUGCUGGUGCUGGAGCAUCUCUAAAACGCUACACUGAUCCUUCAUUCUUUAAAGUAGAGACCUCUGCACCAGCUAAUGCAAAUGUCCAAAGGGAAAAGAAGAUCAGGAAAGCAAAGAAGAAAGGACCACGUGCGAGAUAUGGAGGAACACCUGAAACUUUGCAAGCAUCAUCCCAUGCGAAACUCCAUCAGCUUUUACUGGAGGAAUGUGUUGAAAAUGGUGUUACCAAACCUGCAUACCGUGCCAGAUUGAAAAGGAGGCCAAAUGCAUUUCCGUUUAACUCAAAGUCUGGGAAGAGCUACAUGGAAGAAUUAUUGAAGAAUCCUUCCCCUGAGCAUAAUUUGCUUCAUGAGAUCACUGUGAGUUCACCCUUGCAGAUGUCUAUAGAUGAUCAAAAUGAAUCUGUACUCAAACUCAGAUCAGUGGGUUCUGCUAUAGAAAGUGAAGGAAGCAAAAGUAAUCCUCCAUUUGCAGAUAGAGAGGAAAUCAUGCCGAAUCCAUCCUCGAAUCAAAGAAAUGAUGCUUCGACAGAUAUUAAAACUUAUGGGGUAUCGUCACUUCUGAAUAUUCUAACAGAUGACAUCCCGUCCACUUCUGAUGAGGAGAACAGUAGAAAGGAUAUAGCUGUAGAUGGAGAAAGCAAAUUGGAAGGCAGCUUAAUAGGUUACCAAUCGGAUGGGGUUGCCAGUGAGAUAGACAAUUACGUGGAUGCACCUUCAACCAUGGAAUCUGAGAUGGAUACAGACUCCGAGUUGAGGGUGAAGAAUAAAUUUACCUUAUAUAAUAAAAAUCAACCACUGGCGUCAGUUAAAAAUGAAGAACAUUGCCACUCUCUGUCAUUAGAUUCUCAAUCCACUGGAGACUUCUCAAUAUCCGAUGAGGGGAACAGUUCAUACAAAAAAGAAAUAUCAAGCUCCUUAUCUUCAGACUCUCCAAGAACCUCAGCUGAAAACCCACGAUCAGAAAAAUUAUCUGCUGAUAUCCCUGAAUUUGUCAUAGUUAAUGCAUCAUCCAUUGAGAGAAAUCCUCAACAUUUUUCUGCAGAUGAUGUUUCAAAACCUGUGGUUUCUAAUAAUACAUUACAUGGCAACGACGUAGACCUUGAGAACAGGCCUGACGUUGAGCAGCCUACUUCUAGUUUUUGCAGUACUAAUUCAGGUCCUCCUCUACCCCAUUAUGAUUCAAGAGCAGUUGCCGUAGAUGGAAGUUUAAGAGGAGCUAAGUCAGAUGAAAUAGUCUCAAACUCGGAUGACGAUGUAAAUAAGAGAGACCUGAUUUUAGAUUCUCAAUGUUCUCCCAGUGCUUCUCAUUCAAAGUCACUGGAAGAUGAUUCUCAGAGAUCCUCUUCUGGAGAACAUCUAUUUGGUGGUGAGAUAACCUGUGUGUCACCCCGUGCUGAUAUUAGCCAUCAUACCUCUGGUAGUUUGGAUGCUAUAUCUGCUUAUGUGGUGCAUGAAGAUGACUAUGAUCAGAAGGAUCAGUUUGCGAACAAACCUUCCACCGUGAACAUGGAUAAUAUUAUUUAUCAGAACAGAAUGGAUACUGAAGAGAUCAUAUCAAAGGAGAACCCAAUUCCAGGUAAAUUGGACAAUAAGGUCGCACAGGUCACAAAGUCGACUGAUAACUUUGCAAACGGUUAUAUUGAUAUAGCUCAUGAUGGAGACAAUGUUGCGUCAGAAGUUUCUGAAGGAGAUGAAAGAGAUCAAAGUAGCAAUUUUUAUAAUGAAGAUCCAAAUGUUGUUUCUGAAUCUUUCGACUCUGAAGACCAUUGCUCUAAUCAGAUCAGCACAGGGACUUUGAUUUUGUCGGGUAUAGGACAUCCUCCAGUUUUGCUGAAGGGAGGUCUUGUUACUUGUGACAAAUAUUUUACUCCAGAAGGACCGACAACAAUAAAUGGAACUUCUGAACUUGGAAACCUAAAAACCUCCGAAGUUAUGGGGUUGCAGAUAGGGAUAACAGAUGAUGUUAACCCCAGUGAUCUUACUACUCCGGAAAGCUCAUUUUGUAUGCCAGAGAAUCUUGAAGAUUCUUCAGGGAUAUCUUACACUACAGAAAGGGAUGGUGUCAACCCCGACAGUGGCAUUGCUGGGGUACAACUUACUGAAGUUUCUAGCUCCGCAAGUUUGAAAUUACCAAGUGAGAUUCCUGAGUCAUUAGAUGAGUUAUACCCAAGUACAGAUCAAUCAGAGAAUGCUAGGAUGGCUUGUUCUAUACCUGCAAUUUCUGAUAAUACUAUCUUGGAGAAUGUCAGUUCACCUGCAGGCCUUGAUAUAUUGGUUGAAGAGCAUGUUCCUUGCUCUCAGGAUCUGGGUCUCGGUGUAAUUGAAGAUGACGCAACCUCUCUCUCUGGAUUUAAUAGGGAAUCACAGGUGCAGGAGGAAGAAAGGAGUGAUCUUUCAGGAAGUCAUAGCGAAUCAGGUUUAGUGGAGGAAGUGGAUGAAAGAGAAGCUGCCGCACUGGAUUUUGCUGCAGUCUGCGGAACGAAGCAUGAUGAUCAUCCCAAACCGGAAUUAUCGCAUAAUGAUUUUCGUUCAUAUCUUGAUUCUGAAGUCAAACACAGGGUGGAUAUGGUUAAUGCUUCACAAAUUCUGACUCCUCUGGAGCAAAGUGGCCUAGAUACAGAAGAGGAAUCUUUACAUCAAAGUGGCCUAGAGAAUCUAGUCUCUGAUGUUGACUCAUUACACAUCGGUUCUAUGGCUGAAGAAUCAAUCUUGCCAGAAAAUAUUGAAUUACAUUCUGCCCCUAUAGAUAAUGCUUUGCCUGAUUCUAGUGAAAUAUUAAGUUCAGAGUUAUCUGUAUUUCCUGCAAGCCAACUGCAGAUGUUGGAUCAUGAUAAUGACAAAGGAUUUGACAAUUUUGCCUCAUCAUUUCCACCUCCUAACUGUCCACCUUCAAUGUCGGUGCUGCCAGGUCUAAGAGACUAUGGCACUGAUGCCUCUGCAUAUCCCAAGGAUCCAUCGGGGUUCAUGUUCCCCCCUGAAGUUAAUCAGAUGAACCUGCACCAAUCACCUUCUUUGCCACCUCUCCCUCCACUUCAGUGGAGGAUAGGCAAGCUUCAGCAUGCCUCGUCAACUACAGAGGAGGACAAAAUGGACAUCAAGAAAGUAUUUCCAGAACCAAACUUUCCUCUUGAGACCUCCACUGGAUAUGCUGGUUCUGUGCCUCAGCAGACGAAAGAAUCUCCUAGUCAAAGUGAGCAGAUCACAAUUAAAGAAGAGAAUCUUGAGCAUGGUUGUCCUAGCUUAGAGGCUAAUGCUAUGCACAAGAUGACUGGCCUCCCACAAGAAAUAGAAUACGAGCAGGACCAGGCACAGCCGCAGCAGCAGCUUUUGAAUCCUACAAAGGAGAAAGAGAUCCCAUCACCAGCUGAAGAAGUUGAAGUUGCUGAGGGGAGUCAAAUGGUGAAAUUGCCUGUUCAAAUAGUUCCACAGUCCGCACUAAAAGAAGAGCAUACAGAGCACUGUUCUCCUACUUUAGAGGCUGAUUCCAUGGAUCAGGCAGUUCAUCCACCACCAGAAGUAGAGACAACGCAGCAGAAGCAGCAGCUUCAUCUUGUAUUACCUGUUCAGGAGAGUGUAGUUCCUUCACCAGCUGUGGAAGACGGAGUUGCUAAUGGGCAUCGAACAAUUAAACUUCCUCGAACAUGCAAUCCCGUUAUUGGUUCUGUUGCUGCUCUUGAUAAGAGUAGACUGCGGAAAGUUACUGAAGAAGUCAGACCUCAAAAACAAAAGCAAGACGAAAGAGAUGCUCUCCUGGAUCAAAUAAGGGCCAAGUCCUUCAACUUGAAACCUACAGCGACAACAAGACCUAGCAUUCAGGGUCCUAACACCAAUCUUAAAGUUGCAGCAAUUCUGGAGAAAGCAAAUGCAAUUCGCCAGGCCUUGGCUGGUAGUGAUGAAGAUGAAGAUAGUUGGAGCGAUUCAUGAAUAUUUACUAGUAUAUUCCCAAAUGGUUCCUGCUAUGGAAAUCUUCGUCUUGAAUUGGUGGGUAAGUGAUGGAUUUAGAUUCAUGUCAUAUGUCUUCCUCCGCUCAUCCCCCACCUCCCACAAUAUCUCUCCGAGUUGCCACCAGCAAUGGGCGUUCCUGGGCACGUGUGGAGUCGGUGUAAAUACGUCCGGCACAUGGAUAGUACAAAGCGCUGCAAGCACUAUCUGAUUCAGUUGCUGUGUAUAUGUUGGAGGAUGAAUACUAACAAAUUUUGUCAAGUGUAUAAAGCAUGCCGUGUUCGAUUGUCUUUGUAAUUGGUAAAUACUCGCUUUAUCCUUAAGCUAUAUUCUCGAACAGAUCAUUAGAAGAUACAGUAUUUGUUGAAAUUACUAAGUAUUUGUAUCUUCAAACUCUUGCUCUGUCAAAAUUAUUGAUGAAAUGUUGUAAAGUUCUAUAUAUUCAAGCAGAUUAUUUUUGAAGCUCA